GUUGCCCGGCAACACCAGCAAUAACAACUGCCUGCUGGGGAGCGGGGGCCGGCGCUGGCGGGGGCGUGGCACGCACCGCCUGUGACUGACUGACGGACCGCAGAGCGCUGCGAAGAAAGAGCACAGCUGACUGACUGGUCUGGGUGAGCUGGGCGAGCUGGGCGAGCUGGGCGAGAGAGAGAGGAACCGAAAUCACGGCCAGGUUGGGCGACUCACCAGCUUCGCUCGGUUAGUUAAGCGCGGCUUUUCAGUCAGUCCAGUCGAGUCGAGUCUGCUUGCCACUCGUUCAGCAGCCGCCGCGGUGCGUGAAUCCCCGUGCAUCCAUGUCCAAGUACACGAAGCUGGCCCGCGGGCUCUGCGACCUGCUGAUCUGGGCGGCCCUCAGCGUGGCCAGUCUCCUGCUGCACAAGCUGGUGCGUCCGUUCCGGCGCGGCUUCUUCUGCGGCGACGAGUCCCUGGGUUAUCCGUACCGCGAGAGUACCAUCGGUCACGAGCUGCUCAUCGCCAUUGCCCUCGGGGGGCCCACCGCGGUGAUCGCUGUGGUGGAGCUCUUUAAGCAGCUGCCCGGCGCUCCGCCGCGAGACUCGGGUGGCAAGCGCGAUGGCUGCCGGAUUGGCCACCGUUUUGGCCAGCUUUACCGCCAAGCCAUCUUCUACCUGUACGGCCUGGCCAUGGUCACGUUCACCACGAUGCUCUCGAAGCUGUGCAUCGGACGGCUGCGGCCGCACUUCUACGCCGUGUGCCAGCCAAUGAUGCCGGACGGGAGCAGCUGCCAAGAUGCCCAGAACCUGGGCCGGUACAUCGAUAGCUUCACCUGCAGCAACGCCAAUAUGUCCGACUUCCAGUUCAAGCAGCUCAACCAGUCCUUUCCCAGCGGGCACGCCAGCAUGGCCAUGUAUUCCAUGCUCUACCUGGCCAUCUACCUCCAGGCAGCGCUCAGCACGCGCGUGUCCAAGCUCCUGAAGCACCUGCUGCAGUUCCUCUUCGUCAUGUUCGGCUGGUAUGUCUCGCUGACGAGGAUCACCGAUUACUAUCACCACUGGAGCGACGUGCUGGCGGGGGCGGUGAUGGGCGUGGUGUUCGCCUGGAUCACUAGCGCCUACGUGGCGGACCUCUUCGCCGGCAGGCGCUGGGCCAAGGCGGGCUACUCGGCCAACACUCUGCGGAAGCCCCAGGUCUCACCCAAGAACUCCACCAAGUCGCAGGCGGGAGCAGCAGCGGUGGCCACCGGCGGCGGCCAGCCGCCCGCCCUUCCGGCCUACACCUUCGGCACGCUGCCCUAUCUGGCGGCGCAUCCGGCCCAGGCUCAGGCGCAGGCGCAGUACGCCCAAACCUAUCACAACUACGGAUACGUGCCCUGAGGGGGUAGUUCUGGUGCUUAGCAAAUAACCUCACAAAAACACUCACUCUUAAACCCAGACUUGCACGAAAUUCCUGUUCUGUUGUCGGUAUUUUAGCAAAAUAAAUAUUAAUUACGAUACGAUGACGCG